GAUUGCUGUCCCGAUUUAACCAAGAAGAUAUUUAAAAACCCAAGGUGAAGGUUAAGCCGCAGAUAGCGUCAUAUUAAGUCGAGAAGUGGCUAGCGUCUCUCUGAUAAUGGAGAUCCAAAAUACCCUAAUCUACUUCAUUCUCAAAGUGCAUCUACAGCUAUGAGUGGCAUUGUUGAGUCCUGUCCUGGGAAUUCUACAGGAUUUGCUGAAGCGUCGUCCAGACUGAACUGUGGUCGGGAUCAGUAUGGGAAUGAUCAGUACAUCUGUGUCCCUAACUACAAUAAGACGGCCCUCGUGGAGUUUUGUUAUAAUGGAAUUAUGGGGUUCAGACAAAGAGGUAAUUGUUUGGAAGUCAGCGAAGGAGAACUUUUUAAAAGAAGUUGUGCAGGGUUUGUUGAAGGCUGUCCAGAGACGCAUUUCAAGAUUAAUACAAUAUACAAAUAUCCCGCCUGCCUGACAAUCAACACAGACUACAAAUGCUAUAUUGCUGACCCGUCUUGUCCAAAUAAAACACGGGAGUUCACUACAGAGGACACCAGGGGAAGCUCUACGACAAGCUUCGGGACGACCUUCUCUAACACAACAGAGACAUAUGACUCUACAACGCUACCUACAAACGCCGUACCUGUUGGGGCGAUUGUUGGAGGACUGGUAGCUUUUCUGGUCAUCAUUGGAAUUGUAAUAGGAAUCAUUGUCUGGAAAAGGAGAAAGAAACGGAAGAGAACAGAGAGACGUCAUUCAAGACCGUCUGAUGACGACAUUGGAGAAAGACAAAAUCUUGCAAACUUACAAAAUGAAAGUGGAUCGCUCGUCAACAAUGCUGCAGGUGUUUCUGAAUUUACACUUUUGUGGGAAUCACUUACAGAUAAGGUAUCUGAUGGCACACCACUUACAAUACAUGCUAAGACUGAGACGGAAACUGACACACUGGUGUAUGACGUUAUCCCUGUGUCCGAGUGGGAGGAAGGAAAGAUUCUGAUUUAUUUGACAGCAAACUGUACCUACCAUGUCAGUUUCUCCAUAAAUACGUGCUAUUAG